AUGUCUCACGGGAUUGGCAAGGCAGCCCAUGAACUAGUGUACAAGAAGAGCCCAGUAUGGGACCUCGUGCUAAAAACCCCAUUGUACACUCAGGAGAAAAUGGUAGUGAAAAAGGCAAAUAAUAGAAGAGAGUUCUUCUUGCUGGACUCCACUGUCUACCUGAGUGCUCAGGGCGCUCAGUGUCCGGUCACACACCUCGCAAGCGAUGAGUCUGACUCGCAGAGCUGCGCUCGCCCCCAGCCCACCACCGACGAGCUCGGCCUCCCUUUUCACAACGACGGAAAGAUCAUUCAUAAUUUCACAAGGCGAAUCCAGACCAAAAUCAAAGAUCUUCUACAGCAAAUGGAAGAGGGGCUCAAGACAGCUGAUCCACAUGAUUGCUCUGCUUAUACUGGUUGGACAGGCAUAGCCCUUUUAUACCUGCAGCUGUACCGGGUCACAUGUGACCAGACCUACCUGCUCCGAUCCCUGGAUUAUGUAAAGAGAACACUUCGGAAUCUAAAUGGCCGCAGGGUCACUUUCCUGUGUGGAGAUGCUGGACCCCUUGCAGUAGGAGCUGUGGUGUAUCAUAAACUCAAAAGUGAUUGUGAGUCCCAGGAAUGCAUCACAAAACUUCUGCAGCUCCAGAAGACGAUUGUGUGCCGAGAUUCGGACCUUCCCGAUGAGCUGCUGUAUGGACGGGCAGGUUAUCUGUAUGCCUUACUCUACCUGAACACAGAGAUCGGCCCGGGCACCGUGUGUGAGUCAGCUAUUAAAGAGGUAGUCAAUGCCAUUAUUGAAUCAGGCAAGACCCUGUCAAGGGAAGAAAGGAAGGCUGAGCGCUGUCCACUGUUGUAUCAGUGGCACAGGAAGCAGUAUGUUGGAGCAGCCCACGGCAUGGCUGGAAUCUACUACAUGUUAAUGCAGCCAGCAGCAAAAGUGGACCAAGAGACCUUGACAGAAAUGGUGAAACCUAGUAUUGAUUACGUGCGCCACAAGAGAUUCCGAUCUGGGAAUUACCCUUCGUCGUUAAGCAAUGAGACCGAUCGCUUGGUCCACUGGUGCCACGGUGCCCCGGGCGUCAUCCACAUGCUUACGCAGGCUUACAAGGUCUUUAAGGAGGAGAAAUACCUGAAAGAAGCCAUGGAGUGUAGUGAUGUGAUUUGGCAGCGAGGUUUGCUUCGCAAGGGCUAUGGUAUCUGCCAUGGGACGGCUGGGAACGGCUAUUCUUUCCUGUCCCUGUACCAUCUCACACAGGACAAAAAGUAUCUCUACCGAGCUUGCAAAUUUGCAGAGUGGUGUCUAGAAUAUGGAGCACAUGGGUGCCGCAUUCCUGACAGACCUUAUUCUCUCUUUGAAGGCAUGGCUGGGGCGAUUCACUUUCUCUCCGACAUCCUGGUACCAGAGACAUCACGGUUUCCAGCAUUUGAACUUGCCCCUUCGCAGAGGGAUAAAAAGAUGCAGUGA